AUCAAAAAGUAAAAGAGCGAAAAACCCCCCGAAAGCGGGGCGAUUCCACUUUCGACCCCCCGAUCCACAUCAAGCUACUCCGUAGUUACUAUGAUGAAGUCACCGCCGGUGUUCGAUUGAGUCUGACUGACUCUGUCUCGUUCGCGCUCUCGGCCACGCAGCAAGCAGAAGUACUGUACUUAUUAGUGCCACGUUUUUGACCCCGGAAAAUAAAUUAUUUAUUGAGCGGCUUAAUGCAGCGGGACAGUCUCACUGUCCCCCCAUGCAUGACUUAUACUCUCGUGGCUUGUGUUUGCCUCGAAAAAAAAAAAGAAGAGAGUUUGAAACAUGAGGGCAAGACCGGUUUCAUCUGCAGGCAAGACCAUCACGUCAGGAAUUGGCGUUUGGCCCUAACGGCGGUCGGGCUCGGAAGAGCCGACCUGAGAACGGAGGGUGGAUGACCUCAUCGUAUCGGAGAAUUGAAGACUGAUUGCUGG